AAAUUAUUUUUUAAAUUAUCAGAAAAGGUAGGACUUAGGAUGUGAUAAAGUAAUAAUAUAUAUUAUACAUGCUGAGAAUUCCAAUGGUUGAAGAAAGUGGCAAAUUUGGCAAAGGGCAGGUUACAGCUGGUGUCUGCAGUAAACCCUUCAUCCUUCAUCACAAAAACCGCAUCUUUUUUCUCCUUUACAGCUUCUUCACCUCUUCCCAAGGCUUUGUUUCCACCCACCAUUUUCCUCUUCCUUCUCAGUUCCCCACGAUUCUUUAUUCAUAUCAAAUCGACACUUAAUGCAAACAAAAAACUACAAAUAUUUGUUGAUUAUAUUACUAGAGAGAACGUAAUAUAGAUUAUAUAGUUUCUAUAGUACACUUCUCUAAACACAUAAUCAUAAUAAUUAAUAAAAGGAGAGUUUUGUUUGUAGCUUUCUAUAACAAAUUUAAAGUAUUCCAUUUUUUUCUUCCCUCAAAUUCAUCAUAUAAAAUCCCCAUGUCCCAGCUCUAAUUCUUACUGCAUUCUUUCAUCAUCAUGACAACUUCUGUUUUGCUGAACUUUCUAAUUUCUCUUACCUUUCUCAUGUUUUCCUUGGCUUCUAACUUCUUCCAGGACUUUGAUAUCACAUGGGGAGAUGGGCGGGCCAAGAUUCUUGAGAAUGGUGAGCUUUUGACUCUCUCACUUGAUAAGGCAUCUGGGUCUGGUUUUCAGUCCAAAAGUGAGUAUUUGUUUGGUAAAAUUGAUAUGCAGUUGAAGCUUGUCCCUCGUAACUCUGCUGGCACUGUCACCGCCUACUAUCUUUCCUCAAAAGGGUCGAUGUGGGAUGAGAUUGAUUUUGAGUUUUUGGGUAACUUGAGUGGGGAGCCUUACAUUCUUCACACCAAUGUUUAUAGCCAAGGCAAAGGUGAUAAAGAACAGCAAUUCUACCUUUGGUUUGAUCCCACUGAUGAUUUUCAUACCUAUUCUAUUCUUUGGAACCCCCAACGAAUUAUCUUCUCAGUGGAUGACACACCAAUUAGAGAAUUCAACAACUCAGAAUCAAUUGGUGUUCCAUUUCCAAAGAAACAACCAAUGAGGAUAUACUCAAGCUUGUGGAAUGCUGAUAAUUGGGCCACAAGAGGUGGGCUUGUGAAGAUAGAUUGGACCCAAGCCCCAUUUGUAGCUUCCUAUAGGAACUUCAGUGUUGAUAGUGAUUGUGUUUGGUCUUCGGACUCAUCUUCUUGCACUUCCGUUUCAUCUUCUUCAUCCACAUCUGACCAAUGGAUGUCGCAAGACCUUAACACAAUAAAUCAGAAAAGACUGAAAUGGGUACAAGACAAUUACAUGGUUUAUAAUUACUGCACUGAUUUCAGGAGAUUUCCACAGGGCUUACCGCCUGAAUGUACUCCCUCUCCCUCUGCCACCUAAGAAAGUAACCGUCUUUUAGCUUCAAAGUCAUCCAGUGACCACUCUUGUUUACAUUAUUUCAUUGAUUCGAGUCGUUCUGAGUAGAGACGAAAAUUUUAUACAGCAGAAUUUCUAUGUCACUGCUUCUGCUGCACUGUUUCUGUUCUAGAUCUUAAUCUUCCUAUGAAUGUUCAUAAAAGAAAAGAAACAAAGAGCAAAAUUCCAUUUCUUUUCUUUUUUUAAUUUUUAA